CCGGCUCCGCCCGGUCCCUCCCCGCCUUUUAGGCGCCCGCCCGGCUGGGACAUCCCAGUCCCGCUUGGUCCUCCUCGCCGGCCACCCGUGCGCCCAGUUCGUCCAGUCCGCACUGCCUGCCCGUCGGCCCGCCCCCCACCGCAGCCAUGGACGCGAUCAAGAAGAAGAUGCAGAUGCUAAAGCUGGACAAGGAGAAUGCCAUCGACCGCGCCGAGCAGGCCGAGGCCGACAAGAAGCAGGCUGAGGACCGCUGCAAGCAGCUGGAGGAGGAGCAGCAGGCCCUCCAGAAGAAGCUGAAGGGGACAGAGGAUGAGGUGGAAAAGUAUUCUGAGUCUGUGAAGGAUGCCCAGGAGAAACUGGAACAGGCUGAGAAGAAGGCCACCGACGCUGAGGCAGAUGUGGCCUCCCUGAACCGCCGCAUUCAGCUGGUAGAGGAGGAGCUGGACCGGGCACAGGAGCGCCUGGCUACAGCCCUACAAAAGCUGGAGGAGGCUGAGAAGGCAGCUGAUGAGAGUGAGAGAGGAAUGAAGGUCAUUGAAAACCGAGCCAUGAAGGAUGAGGAAAAGAUGGAGCUGCAGGAGAUGCAGCUGAAGGAGGCCAAGCACAUCGCCGAGGAUUCAGACCGCAAAUAUGAGGAGGUGGCCAGGAAGCUGGUGAUCCUGGAAGGAGAGCUGGAGCGCUCAGAAGAAAGAGCCGAGGUGGCUGAGAGCCGAGCCAGGCAGCUGGAGGAGGAGCUCCGAACCAUGGACCAGGCCCUCAAGUCCCUGAUGGCCUCAGAGGAGGAGUAUUCCACCAAAGAAGAUAAAUAUGAAGAGGAGAUCAAACUGCUGGAGGAGAAGCUAAAAGAGGCUGAGACCCGAGCAGAGUUUGCCGAGAGGUCUGUGGCAAAGUUGGAGAAGACCAUUGAUGACCUGGAAGACGAAGUCUAUGCACAGAAGAUGAAGUACAAGGCCAUCAGUGAGGAGCUGGACAACGCACUCAACGACAUCACCUCCCUCUGAGCCCCACGCCAGUGUGGCCCCCUCAGCCCCUUUUCUCCUCUCCUUUCCACUCUCUUUGUGGGGAGGGGGCAGUCAGGAGGAACAAAGUUGUCAGCAUCGCACAGCCAGGCUGGGCGCAGCCUCGGAGAAGCCCCACCACACCUGCCGCCCACGCUGGCACUUGCUUCAUCCUUCUAUCCAACCACUCACUCCACCCUCCAGCCUCUACCUCUUUCUGCUGCUUAAUAAACUCAACUUGGUCUCCA